AUGACGACAGAUUCACCACCAUGGAAACGGCUGAAAGCCCCACCUUUGGCAUUUGCAUCAAGCGGAGUGGUUCUUGGCGGUCUUAAUAAUAAUUUUAUAUUGGUCGUCGGUGGUGCCAUACUUGACCCGGUUAGUCAAAAUAAAGUACUUGGUGAACAAACUCUAUUAGAAUACGAUAUAACAAAGGAUGAAUGGAAAAGGAAAUCAAUGUCAAACGCUCCCGAAUUGAAUUGGAGAGUUCAAUUUGACAUGUUAAGUGACAAUAAUGAAAAGUCUUAUCUUCAUGGUGGUAAUGAUGGCACGUUUCUAGGUGAUACUUAUUUAUUUGAUACCCUUUCGAUCACUUGGACUCGGUUAGCGACACCUCAAGUUCCAAUAUUAGCAUGUGACUUUUCUUCUGUAUUGUUAAAUGAUGGACGGUUGAUCAUCAUUGGAGGAUAUGGACCACCAGAGAAUAAUGUUUCCGUACAUAGACCUAUUAGCCAGAUCGAAAUAUAUAAUACGAUUAAUAAUACUUGGAGUAGACAAAUUGUACCGCAACCAAAAGGAAUGACUGACCACCGUAGAUAUCAUACAUCUACACUUCUUCCAAAUGGAGAUGUUGUAAUAGUCGGAGGACUUGAUGUAACACCCAACGUCGUAAUAUUAGAAACAGCCAAAGAUCCAUUCCAAUGGAGGAUUCCAGACAUUUCUGAAUUAGCUGCUCCUCCGAUUAAUGAACACUGUGCAGAACUUGUACAAGAUAGAUAUAUAUUCAUCAUGUUUGGAAAGAGAAACGAUGUCAAGAAUAGCAACAAACUUUACAUACUCGACACAAAACAAUAUUCAUGGAUUACAAGUUUCCAGCCAAACAAAUCACUCAUAACACCAAACAUACCUAUAUUACCAGAUUCACCAAACACGUCACCACCUUCGAUUAACGUGAAAGCGCCAGUCUCUUCAAUAAUAGUAGUAUUAUCUGUAGUGAUAUCAAUUUUAACGUUGGGUUUACUAGGAACGCUCGUAUUUUUGUAUAAACGACGUAAAAACCAAUCGGGUAAAAUUACUACACUAGUCGAGAAUAAAAUGAGUAGAUAUAGAGGUUCGUAUGUAGAACAUACAAAUAUUAUGGUAUACCCAAAUGAAGAUAGUAGUCAUAGACCU